AUGCGCGACGAGAAAUCCCAUGACGACAGCCUUCACGACCAAGUGGCGCAACGUGUAAAUCGAUUGCGUAUGUCUGUCAAGGAGCUCUCUCACGGUACCCUCAAACAAAUCCUUGUCUUGUUGCUCAAGUUCAUUGAAGCGGUACGAGUGCUCAAGAGCUGCGAGCACCCGAUGCGCCCAGACGUCGACAGCGGGCUGUUGGAUGAGCGCGAAGGUCCUCUUAGUCGAAUGCUGUCCAACAACGAUCGCGGAGUCGUGAAAGAGGUCGAGCGCCUCCAAGACAUGUCCAUUGUUGUCGUGGGUCUCAACGGCAUGGGCUGCAUGAUUGCCGAGACGUUCUGUCGGAGUGGUAUUGGAGCCAUUUACCUGUGCGACAACUCGAACGUGUUCAAAGCGGACUUGGGCCGCAUGUUCUUUCGACCAGACAACGUCGGGUAUACGCGGAUGGGCGAAGUCGAGUCGGCCCUCCACGCCAUCAACCACGACGUGCACGUCGAGCAGGUGCACAUCGACUGCUUCGAGUCAUGUCGCGGCCUAGACACGACGCUGCUGCACCGUCCUCCUUCCCGCCAGCCCCUACCGCCUCGUCCUCCCACUUCCCCGCUGCCGACAUCCCCACCGCCUCUUCUCAUGUUUCUUUGUGUGGAGGACUUGGUUCUAACCAGCAACGUCAAUGAAUGGGCUCUUGAAAACAACGUGCCGUUGGUGCACGCCACCAUGGGCCCCGACGGACUCUCCGGCUUGGUCGUCACGUCCAUUCGCGGCAAGACGCGCUGUUUAAACUGCUAUCAGUCAUCGCCCGCGUCGUCGUCGUCGUCGCAAAGCCCCCGGCGGACGUCGCUGGACUCGACGUUCGCGAAGCCACUCGUGAAGAAAGUGCUUCCCAUCCUUCCUGCCAGUUCGCCUUGUUUGCCCAUGUUUGAGUCCAUCGUCGCCGGCAUCGCAGCGCACAAUGCGCUCAAACACUUGCUUGGGUUUGGCACGGUCGUGCCUUGUAUCCGAUACUAUGGCCUCCAGGAAAGCAUCGACCACUCCGUCAUUCCGCCGUCCUCAGUGCCUAGAACAUCAGAUGGCUCGAAUAGCGGUACUCUCCAGUGCACGAGCCCCCUCUGCCGCGAACACAACCACGCAUUGUUGGCUACGAACCCGCGACAUCGAAAAGAUAAUUCGAGCUAA